AGAGAGAGAGAGAGAGAGAGAGAGAGAGAGAGAGAGAGAGAGAGAGAGAGAAAGAGAGGAAAAGAGAAAGAGAGAUACACGCGUAGACGCGGCGCGUCACGCACGUAGGACCUCGGCCGCGGCCGGCUGGUUGUCAAACGCGUGGCAGACGACAGUUGACAUGACAUGAGGGAGAGAGCGGGCUCGAGCGAGCCGCGGCAUUCGCGCGGCAGGGCGCGAUCGGGCGCGACCGCUGCGGCUCGGGUUGGCACGGCACACCACACCACAUCACACCACACCACACCACCACGACGGCGGCAGUCGUCGUGGUGGCGACCGGGCGUCGCGCGGACCUUAUUGCGCAAGCCAAUUCCCGUCCGCGGAGUACGGUGCCACGGUGCAUGCGCGUCCCAUUCUGUUGCCCUUCGCCGAGGUCUGCCUCGCCAAGGUAGAAGGCUGGGCACGAGGGGAAGGAGAACGCAAGAAGAGGGGAAAGGGGAAGGCCAAAGUGCACACAGUCCGGAUUCAAAGGUCGGUCGAGGGGACGACGAGCACACCGACGUUCACGUCGGAUUGGUCGGGUGCCAUCCGACUGCCAGGGAGAGCCAGACACGAUUGGCGGACCAGCAGCGUCGGGCGCGGCAGCUACGGUCGACGGUGGGGUGUGUUUGAACAAGACUCGCCGACUCAAGAGUAGCGGAGUACACUCGCUAACCGGCCUCCAUCCAUACGGCACACAGAGAGAGGAGAGAAGCGAGGUUGAAGCGAGGCGGAGUGGUGUGGUGAGGUGAGGUGGUCUCAAACAGGCCCCGCUCGAUCAAAUAACUGACCGCGCGCGCGGUCGACGAAGAGAGAGCCCGUGUGAGUCCAGGCUCCGGUGGUGGUUGUUGUUUCGCGCACUUGUCCUCCCCGUUACCGACAUACACUACCUUGUGAUCGCCGGCGUCGCGUCCGCGUCCGCGUCCUUGUGUUGUCCGAGUAACAAUUACCCCUAUCUACCGCGGGGUGUGAGCCCUUUCGCGCUCGCUCGCUCGCUCGCGUUUGUCCGCGUCCCGUCGAGUGUUCCUCCGCGUCUUCAGCGUGAACAAACGGACCGCGCAUUGUGCACCGUCGGGAGGAAGAGGACGUUUUCCCCUUCGUUACGUCGCCGUCGUGGUGCGAGGAAACGAACGUGGACGCAGUCCAGUGUGUGCCCGGGAGAGUAACUCCCUGAGCGAGCUUUCCCGACGAGGAUCCGACAUUGCGACUCUCUUCAUCGCGGGGGGGAAAGACGGUGCCUUUGGCCGGUUUGUUGCGCAAAGGGAGGCUCUCUCUGCCGUUCGAUUCAGUGUCGUUCAGUGUUGUCGCGACAUGCCGCGCGCUCAAGAACAGGAAUCCCGGUGAAUCUAUUCUUGGUGAAUCGCAGCAAACGCGAGGUGGAUAUCUAAGCGGCCACUGCGAUCGCAGUCGCCGUCGCUUCUGUUCUGUGCGCCCGCAACAACAAUUCAUUGACAUACCUGACCAGCGGCAAGACACUGUGAGAGCGGUGAGAGCCGCGCGAGCGCGCGAGCACCGAGCUACAAGCGGAUCGUCCGCAUCUCGCCCGGUCUCGUCCGGGUGGGAAAAUUAAGGGAGUACCGGACUGCCAGCAGCCGUGGUAUCGCGGCUUUCAUGACUCCCGUUUGACAGCGACGACGCGGCAGCAGCCCACCCCGGCGCCGGUGAGCUCUAUGACCAUGCUGCAGUCGCAGAAGCUGUACAGCGAUGCGGGUGCCAUGACCAGCGCCGCGAUGUCCGGAAUGGGCAGUAUGGCGCCCACGUACAGCUCGAUCAACUCGAUCAACAGCUGCGUGUCGAUGGGCAUGACGAUGGGCGUCGGAGUCGGGCCCAGUUGCAGCCCGCAGGGCGCCAGCGGUUUCAACAUGAGCAGCAUGAGCUCGGCCAUGGGGAUGGCGUCGAUGGGCGGCGGCGGUAUGGGUGGUUACAGUGGUGCUUCCAUGGGCGCCGGCGGUGCUUGCAUGAGCGCCGUCGGCUACGGUCCGCUGACACCGGGCGGCGGUGCCGGUGUCAGCCGUGAUCCGCUGUCACUGUCCGAGCCGGACUCGCCGAAUUCGGCGUUGCAACGCGCGCGCAGCGACAAGUCCUACCGACGCAGCUACACGCACGCGAAACCACCGUACUCUUACAUCAGUCUCAUCACCAUGGCGAUACAGAACGCGCCCAGCAAGAUGCUCACGUUGUCCGAGAUCUACCAGUUUAUCAUGGACCUGUUCCCGUUUUAUCGGCAGAAUCAGCAGCGCUGGCAGAACUCCAUCAGACACUCGCUCAGCUUCAACGACUGCUUCGUCAAAGUGCCGCGCACGCCUGACAAGCCCGGCAAGGGCUCCUUCUGGACGCUGCAUCCGGACAGCGGUAACAUGUUCGAGAACGGCUGUUACCUGCGGCGGCAGAAGAGGUUCAAGGACGAGAAGAAGGAGCUGACCAGGCAGACCAACAAGCACCAACAGCACCAACAGCAUCACGUGUCCGCGGCCGCGGUCGCGGCUGCCGGCGCGACUAUCGCCGGUCAGCACAGUCCGCCCACUCACGAGGGUGCGCCGGGCUCGAAGAAAACGGGCAGCUCCAUCCACCACGGCGGCCCUCAGCAGCAGGAUGACAAGGACCUGCACUCACUGGUCUCCACGCACCAUCACCACCACACGGCGGGCCUGCAUCAACAUCACACCGUCCUCAAGAGCGACACCACGGACAUAGGCGGCCUCCUUGGGCCCGAGCUCGGCGCCGCUCACGACGAGCUGUCCGCCAUGGUGAAUCGCAGCUUGCACCAGACCCUUUUGUCCGACAGCGGUAGCCUGCAUCACGGUAUGACCGGUAGCCUCAAGCAGGAGCCACUCUACACGGCUACCAGUCAUCCCUUCAGCAUCAACAGGUUACUGCCGCGCGACACGACCGGCACCUCGCCCGGCGCACAGGAUACCAAGCCGCCCGAGAUGAAGAUGUACGAGCUGCAUCAGAGCUACGCCAACUUCGGCUCGCCGCAUCACCCGCACGCGCACUCGGCGCCGCCUGGCCAUCAUCAUCAUAACGGCAUGCACGCCGGCACUAACGGCGCCGGGCCCAUGCACAUGACGAAUCAUCAUCAUCAGGAAUACUAUCAGAGUCCGCUCUACCAUCACGUAACCAGCGUGGCCACUACGAGCGCGCCGCCGCCGCCUGCCGUCGCCACCGCGGCGCCGGGCUUGUGACAUCACGCUACCCACCCCUACGCUUUGGCCUGAGUUGCUGCCGCCGCGGCUUACGUCGCCACCGCCGCCUCCGGAGGCGCACCUAUGCCACCCCCGACGCCCGAUCUAUCCGCGACCACGACGACGACGAGCAGCGCGAGGCCGACGUCGUCGUCUGCGACGACCAUCUCCUCGACCUUCUCGGCCUCGUUGCCGCGGAUGUCGCGUAGACGCGUCGGCCGUCGUCACGGGUCUCACGACGACGAUGACGACGACGACGACGACGAUGACGUCGUCGACGCCACCGUCGCCUGCUGGCCGCCCGACGACGACAACGAGUACGACGACGAGAACGAGGACGAGGAGGAGGAGAGUACCGUUGUCUACAGACGGUAGACGCGUGGCUACCUGGAGGUAUCUUUCCAUCAGCAGGCUUCGCCUCGGGGGUGUUGUUACCGUUCGAUCGCGCGGUUCAUCGUCUUGGGAGAAGAAUCACGGUUUGACACGUUGUCUUCUACUUCUGAAAGUCGCUAUCUACUUUGCUUGUCGCGCCCUGAUGGGACCGAUUACUGGAAAUAGGGAUGUGCAAGCCAAACCCGUCUCUGUCACCGAGCCGGCUUUUCCUAACAAAUUUUCUGUUUCCCUCAUGAACCAAACAAAUAUCUGUAUCGUCUAGUCUCGAUUAGUCGCGCGCGAUAAUUAGUUCUCGAGUAAACCAACCAAUUCAGCUGUCAAGUUGCCGCUCAAACAAAUGGAUCGGUGAGCGUCGCUCGUCGAGUACAAUUGCAAACAACGGCCGUGAUAAAGGCCAGGGAAAUUCAUUACUGUCUUUCGCGCUCUCGCGCUGGAAGAGAAGCCUCGAUUUUUCUCCCGUAGUCCCUCAACGAUCGACUGUCGCGUCUCCCUUCGGAAUGUUAUCGCCUUGUUAUCACGCGCGUCCGGCGAAUUGGACGUCGUGCAAUUUCACGACGGGAAGGUGUCGGAGAGACGGGAACGUCUCUCUGAAUAAUCGAGCACACUGAAUCACGCUGUUCUCGCGUUUAUCGUGCCGCGAGCGCAAUCGCGCGAUUCCGCUGAACCUAGCUAAGAGUUUUUCGCGAUACGCCGAGCUCGAGCGUGACGUCGUCGUCGGUAUGUACUUUGACGCGAUACACAGCUUGCAUCUUUCGCGUGUCGUAAGUUUUACUUGGCGCGCAUUAUCGCGUCAGGAUCACUCGGCAGCGCUCGUCUUUUUUGAGAGUGCCGUCGAGUGUCGUUGUUUUCGAGUCGAGGAGUCCCAAGAUACCGCCCCUAGUCCGACAAAUUGAUAUUAAUUCUUCAAUUGUGUAAAUUCGCCGGAAUACGAUCGCCGCGAUAUCGAUCCCGAUAGCGGAGAUUCCUGCGGAAUUAUCGAGCCGCUCCUCGACGUGGCGCUCUCCAUUAGAGUGCGGUCGUUGAUCUCGAUCUCGCUGCACCUCGAGUAUUGUUUACCAUCGUACAAUUAUUGCCACAUUUAUUAACGCGUAUCGCGUGCUGGGUCGCGCAAGGAUUCUUCAGUCGAGUUCAGUUUUCUAUCGCCACUUGAAAGGGAAACGACGAUGAUAACGUUCUCUCCGCUUAUCGUCGCCUCGCGCUGAAGACGUCGUGAAUUUUUGCCGCGAAACUGCGUUUCGCACUCUUCUCCUCUGUUCCGCGACUCGUGCAGCUUUUCCACGCUGCAUUGUGCGUUGUCGUUUCUUCUAAUAUCUUGCGCAAACAAGCGACGCGUAAAUUACGCAGAACGUGAAUUACAUAGAGCGUUUGCCAAUUCGCCGUUUAACUGUAAUUGCAGUUAUUGUACACUCGCGUUCGCGUUAUCGAGCGACUUUGGCGACACUCGGGAUUAUUCGCGCGUAACCGCGCCGAAUUGCGCAUUUCGAUGUCGCCGAAUAACGGCUGCGUGAAGCAUUAACGCCCGCGAGAGAGAGGUUCGUUGAUUAAAAUCAAUUUCUGCAAUAAUGACAACGCGCGUGUUGUACGACGUGCUAUUUAUUAAUUUAUUUUCCAAUGUGUGGUUACGCGAGGUUGAAUUAAGCACGGGAAUCGUUUCGCACGACUUUCCGUAUCGCAAUCGCCCGAAAUCCCGAGAUCGUACAGCAGCUUUGGUAUCAGAGAAUGUCAGAGACACUUGCACAUCCCAUAUCCAGUAAUUGACGUCGUUGACAGCGUCGCUUAGGACGGCGUCUGACGACGCUUCGCGAGAUUCAUUAUCAUUACGACUGGCCCACCGACGAUGGACCGGUGCCUCGGAAGCCUCGAUUAGCAAGUUGAAAAAAUGCACCCCCGUCGAUGGGGGUGCGCUGUGUCGCGGCGAGAAGGGGGCGGCGUAAGCCUCGCAAAACAGUGCCAGGUAAAAAGUGAGAGCGGUGAGCGCAAGAGCGAAAAAUGUGAUAAUAUUCGUGAAGAUAAAUAUAAAUUAAUGAACGUGCUCGCGCGCGCGUGCCCCGCGAGGGCGCGUUAUAUCAUGAUUAUUAUUAUUAUUAUUAUUAUUAUUAUUAUUAUUAUUAUUAUUAUUAUUAUUAGUAUCAUCGUUAUUCGAGCAUACAGCAGCCGCGUUCGCGCGCACACCGACACACAUUAAUACACACACACACACACAUACACAUAAACACACGUCCUUGUAUCAUCCACGUGUCACGAUUUUUGUACAUUUCCUUUUUUUUUCACAUUCCCCAGGCACGCUCGCGCGCGUGCAUCGAGAAAUUAACGUCGAUGAAAUAAUUGAUCCGGUUAAGUGCGUCGCGCGGGACACGACCCGCGUUUUUGUAUAAUACCUGUAGAUAGUCGUAUACUCUGUAUAUAUAUACUGUAUGUAUAGUCUCAUAUGUAUACUGUAUAUAUAUACUGUACGUAUGCUGUAACGCAUAUAAUGUACAAUAUUAAAAACAAUGUUAAAAAGAGCUAUAUAUAUAAAUAUAUAUAUAGAUAUAUAUAUAUAAAUGGAAUCUUUAACGAUACAUUAUGUUAGGUAUAUACGUAUAACGGAGCAUGAGCAUGAAUGAGAGAAUGGAGAGAGUCAGAGAGAGAGAGAGAGAAAGAUUAUGUGUGUGUGUGAAUGUGUGUGUCAGAGAGAGAGUGAGAAAGAGAGAGAGAGACACGCGGUAUCUCGCAUCAUAUAUAUUUCAAAAGCAAAGCUUUUUUUCAACCGUUGCACACGUAUUCACGUUUUGCAGACUGACGAAGAAUAGUGUCAUGUGAUAUUCCGUAUUCGUGGUGAAGGCGAUUCACGUUUAGAUUUGCAAACAAUACGACGCGACGUUUGCCGGCACAUUGCGCGCGAAUUCCCCCGGAAAUAUGUCGCAGAGUGUCGGAUCAGGCAAUUCCCUUCGAUACGACUUAAUUGAAUCUCUCCCUGCGAUCGCGGAAUAUUUUGCCAGAAAGCGAAAGUCUCAGCGAUAAAGAUGAUAUCUUCGGCGACGACACUCGCGAGACUUCUUCUCCCCGAUUGUCAUCAAGGCGACUGAAUAAUCGGCGGCAUUAGAUCGUUAUAAUCGUCACACUGAAAUGCGUACGGCAUAUUACUCGGUUUCUCGCCGGAGGAACGAGAGCCUGCGCGACGGACGACGCCGAAUGACGCGGAGUUUGCACGGUAACGUCGUUGCGCGUGUCGCGAAUGUCGUACGUUGCCAUUUCCGCGAGUCAACAUUCGAGUGCAGAGGGCUAAGUCAAGAUAAUCAAACGGCUGUAAGUUGUGUCGUUGGAUGGAACAAGAGGGUGGGUAAAAAAAAGAGAGAGAAGGGGAAAAAGCAGAAGGCGAAAGAACUCCGCAAUUAACGCGACCGGUGCAAAAGCGAGCGCGUGUGUGACGGGUCUUGCGACAACUCCACGUAAAACUGCGUGUUAUUGGUCACGUAACUCACCGGUAUAUUCGCAGCAGGCGAACUACUCCAGCCUAUGAAUAUGAAAUUCACGAAAGCUUUUACCGUCACCGUCGCCGUCACCGUCGUCGUCGCCGUCGCCGCCGCCGACGUCGUCGCAUACAAAUGCUGUGCGUUGCACUUCGAUCGGAGGUGGAAAGUGAAAUCUCUCCGGCCGCUUUCAUUGACGGACUUUUGGGAAGCUCGGAUAAUGGCGCGCGAUUUCCCUCGAUUCUCUCGCGAACGUGUCAUUUUUUUUACGCGCCGCUGUCUAACUUUCUCGUUAAGCUUAACGCUACUCCUCGAAUCGGUCCGAUGAAUCUGGACCGUCCUCGAACAAAUUUCUCAGACGUGUAGCGCGCAAUGAAACAGUUGUUUUUUUUUUAGAAAGAUUCACACAGUUUUACACACGUAAAUAGAAAAGCGAAUACUUUACGUCUACAGGAAAUGACUCGCGUCACUUUUGGCCGUUAAAAUUAGAGUCGUGAAUUCGAAAAUCUCUGCUGGAAUCGAGUAUCGAGAUAUGAGAGAGAGAGAGAGAAUGUGUUUGAAACACGUGUCGAACUUCGUAUAAACUUGUGUAAAUAAGGAACCAUGCGUCGUGGAUGGUCACUAAUUAUUAUUGUUAUUAUCAUCAUUAUUAUAAUCAUCGCCAUUAUUACCACCACCGCGUCGUAACUGCAUUUCUAUAUCACGGACACGAAUUUUUUUUUAACUUUCCAGCAGCGUUAGACAAAGUGUAUUGGCGAAUGAAACAUGUAAGAGACAUAGCAAGCGUGCAUAUUCACAAUCAUUAUUCGUCAAUCGAACACAUCUCACUCGACUUUGCCUGUUUCAUCUUUCGAUUGCUUUUUUCUUGUUCCGAAUUGUAUCAAAUUGUCCUCGUUAAUGUCUCGCAGAUAUGAGGGCACAAUUGUGUGACGCUCGCGAGAUAAACCGAGAGAACUCCUCUUUAAGUGAGACAAUUAAAUGAAAAAGAAAACACCAAAAAAGAACAAACAUAUACAAGUACAAUUUCUCCCGUAAAGCAUGAAAAGGUUGGCAAAGAUUUUGCAACGAGCGGGGCCGACGACUCGGGAAAUUCUCUCGCGAGAUGAUCACAAUCGAGCUCCUACUCUCGAGAAUGCAUCGAUCGAAGAGAGAACGAAGUAAAGGAGGAAGCGAAUCCUCCUGUAAGGAGGGCUUCUCGAGCUAGGACAUACGCGAAAUGCUAAUCUCGAAAUUACGAAAUCUCAUAUUUACACGCUUUCACUGUCCCUUUGACAGUUUCACGCCGUUUUCUCGAAAGCGAGAGAGAGGGAGAAAGGGGGGGAGAGAGAGAGGGAGAGAGAGAAAGAAAGAGAGAGAGAGAGAAGAAGGAAGAGUAUAUGUGUAUGAGUGUAUGUGAGAGAGAGGGAGAGAAAGAGACUUUUAUCACCAUCGUCGUCGUGUGCGUGGUAUUGCCGGGUCUGGGAUUCAAAAGAUCGAUAAAUAAUUAAUAAUUUAGCGGUGUGGGCUCGGAUUUCAAUGAUGUAAAUACACGAACAUGAUCUCUACGCGCGUUGUACUCGUGAGAGACGCGUGCAUCCGCGUCCCUCGUGAGAAGUGUACAUUUCUCGAAAGGAAAGAAUGUAUUAUAGCAGCGAAAUUAUACCGAUUUCAAUAUCUGAUUACCUCUGUACCUUCAAUUCUUCGGCGUCGUUCUCGAUCAAACCUGCUCCCUACCCACCCGUUCGACAAUGUCGUCAUUCGCCCGAUUCGAGUGAUCGAAUGACAACAGGGUGAGAGAGAGAGAAACAGAGAGAGAGAGAGAGAGAGAGAGAGAGAGAGAGAGAGAGAGAGAGAACGAGUGAGUGAAUGGGCGAGUGAAUGAGCGAGUGAAUGAGCCAGGCACGAAAGGACGAGUAGGAUAUGAAUAGGCGGCUCGUAGGUUAAAAAGAAAAUCACAGUUAGCGGUGUUCUAGGCAGACCCUCGAGCUAAUGUACAAGUGGUGGAGCGAUAGACCAAAAUCAAAGCGCAGACCCAGAAGGCGAAUCACGUGAGAAUGGGCUCCACAGUGGGCUUGUAAACACGUCGCGCUAGUGAUGAAGUAAUUUUCAAUUAAACAACUGUCUCUUGACAUCAAGAGAGAGAGAGAGACCCUGAGUAUACAAAGAUCGAAUCGUUGCUAUGAUUUGCUAUUUGGGCGUGUGAUUUGAUUUAAGCCCAUCAUUCCGUCAGCUGUUUAUUGGGUCACUGGAUUUGCUUGGAGUAUUGUACUACGACAGAAAGAAAUUGCGCCGUUGUUAGAGAAAACGAGUGAGAGUGAGAGAAGCGACGAAUCGACAAGAUAAGGAUGUAAAUGUUUCAAUAAAUCCACGUAUUUCUACGAAAACUAAA